AUGUCCACAAACAAUUCUAAUGCACCUGGCACUGGAGCAGACAGCACCGGAGCAAGUAGUCUUUCCUCAGUUCCAAAAAAUCCCGCUCAGAACGUAAGCAAGGCGAACAGUGGUCAGAAAAAACCGCAGACUCCGCCACAAUACCAAUUUCAAUUAGAGAAAAAGACAAAGGAGCAGGUAUUGUUGGCGAUAGAGAAGGCGCAACAGGAAGAUGAAGACCAGCCUCUUCUCGCCAUCCAAUCAUCGCAGUCGGAAACGAAAAUAGAAGAGAAAAAAUUGGCGGAAUCAGCUAUAGUGAAGGCAUUUAAUGAAGCCGAACGAAAAAAGUUGUCAGAAUUUAAGUAA